CUCCAAGCGCUGAACUGUGAUGAGAGGGAGAGAUUUGCGACGACCCCCAAAAUGGGGAAACCCCGAGCUAAUCCAAACCCCGGCCGAUCUGAAUUCCCUCAAAUCCCGCAACCGGAGCCCUAAUCGCUUCCAAACCCCAUCUUCCAUCCAAUGCCUCCCACCGGCGACGACCCGUCGUCUGCCGCCGGUAUCUCAUUCCCUGGCGUGGAUGGCGGCGGCGGCGGCGGCGAUUCUGAAGACGCUGACUUCACCGGCGCUCACCUCCUCGACCCCACCGAUCCGGACCUCCCCAACCCCACCACCUCCUCCGCCACCGGCCUGCCCCACGCGGUCCCGGCCGGCGGGAGCGGCGGCGGCCCGGUCACCUCCGGCAACGGCGGGGAGCGGCGGCCCCUGUUCCAGCGCCUCUGGACCGAGGAGGACGAGAUUGUUAUCCUCCGCGGCUUCGCCGAGUUCACCGCCGCGCGCGGCACGGCGUUCGCGUCGCACCAGUACGACACCGACCCUUUCUACGAGGACAUGCGCCGCCGCCUGCAGCUCGACUUCUCCAAGAGCCAGCUCGUCGAGAAGCUCCGCCGCCUCAAGCGCAAGUACCGCAAUUGCGUCUCCCGCCUCCGCGAGUCCGGCGCCACCUUCUCCUUCCGCUCCCCGCACGAGCAGGCCAUCUUUGAGAUCGCGCGCAACAUCUGGCGCCCCACAAAUAAACACGGCCGAGAUCCCUCGGCUGACUCUGACGAUGAAGACGCCGCGGCGAACACAAGCCCCAACGGGGAAGUCAAGUCCCCGUCCUCGGGGCGACAGCGACGCCGCAGGCGCGCAACGGAUUUCGCUGCAGCCGCUGGCACCGCCCCUACCACUGGCAUGGUGCAGCCCCCUCAGCCAGUGCAAUCGCCUGUGUCAGUGCCUGUCAAGAUGGAAGACUCCCUCCCAGCACUGCCGCAGAAUCCAAUGCCAGUGACGGUGACCAUGGAUGGCUCAGAGCCUCUCAGGUUGCCAGUCAUGUCACCUCAAUCAGGUGUUUCGGAUGCGGAGAAGAGUUGCCUGACUCCUCUACUUAAGGAGAUGAUGCGUGCAGUGAUAAAUGUCGGAACUAAUCCCUUCGGUGCAAAACUAUCGGAGCCGCCCCUUGGUUUACCUAUGGAAGGGGAGAAAUGGAGGAAGCAGCGGAUUUUGGAGUUGGAGGUGUACUUGAAGAGAAUUGAGCUGCUGCAGGAUCAGGCGAAGGCAACACUUGAGGAGCUCAAGUCCUCAACCCCCGGGACUUGAUCCAUGAUAAGAUGAGAUCUCUUUCGUUUUAGGAUUCUUGCUAUGAUUCUUAGUGUAGAUGCUUAGGUCUUUUUGCAUAUUUUACGUCCAUAAAAGAAUAUUGUUAACUGGGUUGGGGCUUGGAACUAGUUUGUUUAUGGUUCUAAUUAUUCAUGUGAUAUUAGCUGCCAUUUAUGGUAUUUUUGGUAGAUCCAUAGUUUUUUUAUGGUUCUAAUUGUUCAUGGGAUAUUAGCUGCCAUUUCUGGUAUUUUCAUAGGUUCAUUAUCCUUUGUUUACUGAGGUAGUGGUAUCCUUUGAGUGGACAGAAAGUACCCUAUAGAAAGAUGAAUGUUUGCAAUUAAUUUAUUAAGAUUACAGAUUAUUGCUAUUGUGUCUUGGCUUCUUAUUCUGUUUUGUGUGUGUUAUCAUGAAGUUAUAAGAUUAUAUUUGAGAGAUUGAACUGGUUCGUGACAUUGAUGAUGGAUGUUUGGAAAGGUCAUGGAACUUGUGUAGAGUAAAUGACCAUGAGUUUUAGGAUCUGCUCGGGUAUACCAAGUGGGUGAAAAUUUUGACUCAUGUUGAAUUGGUGGUCAUGGCUAUGGCUCUGUUUUGUAAAGAUGUGGAUUUGCCAUGUUAUCUCUGCAUGAAAUAAAUGGUUACCCAUGUGAUUACAUUCGUGUUUCCACCGUGAGAAUAUGGCAAAGCUGUAGGAAUAGAGUUAUGCUUAUUAUUGCUCAACAUUGUGUUUUGCCAUUCUAGAGAGUAGUGGUUUUUGUGCUUCAAAUUUGGUGGCAGGGCACCACACUUAUUAACAGAAAUUUGUAUACCAUAUCUACAUACAACUGGAUGAAAUUUGUAUGCAGAUAUGGUAUACAAAUUUCUGUUAAUAACUGCCAUGAACAAAACAGUUAUAUGCAUACAACUGGAGGUCAUGGCGCGAGAUCCCCUUCCUCCCCGCCGCCUGGCUCCUACCCGACUUCCAGCGCCUCCUCCCCUCCGCGGACGCGCUCCGGACGGGUCAAGCGCCGCAGGGAUGCAGACGGCGGCAGCUGUGGCGUGGGCGCCUGGCCCAUCACUGUCCACCUCCUCCUCCUCGCCUUCCCCCUACAGGAUGGAGGCAUCAGCGAUGGAUGCAGAGCUCAGGCGGGUGGUGGACGAGAACCGGCGGCUUCGGGGCAUCCUGCAGGAGCUCACCCGGAACUAUGGCACGCUGUACCAACAGCUUCUCCAGGUCACGCAGCACCCCCCACGUUAGCAUCAACAUCCUGAUCUCAUGAACAACCGAUCAUCACUGCUGCCUCACCCUGGCUUAUCUGUUGAUCCUGCACUGCUGGGAUGGGUACAGGAGGGGAGCAAAAGGGAAUGUUGGUGCCCGGAUAUCGACGAGAAGCGACUGCCCAGAUGGCGAGCUACACAAAUCGUCAUUUUGACACCAAGGAGCUGUAAGAAAACCUUUGGGAUGAAGAACCAACUGUAAUGACUGAAGUAAUGAAAACCAUAUCUUUGGAGGUUCUGUGGGAGAAGAUGCUGCAUCACAUCCACCGAGAAAUUCACUAUGUAAUUGAGCAUCGUUUGAUGGACUGGAAGGAUCUAAAAGAUGGUUCUCUUAGGGUGGAGCAGCACUCCAUGACACCAAAACAAAGCCAACGUCAGAUUCUUGUUGGGAAAAAUGGCUCAAAGAUGUCAUUCAGCCAUUCUCAUAUGGAAAACUAGCUCCUAUAGUCCUACGCUAGAAUGGCUGAUAGUGUAUUUGGUGAGAAGAGCUUUGUCAAUUAACAUGUCCAAUAAGAUGUAUUAUUUGAAUGAUUUGUGCGUAUUAUCGAUACUACUGUGUUUGCACCAUUGAAUUCGGACAAAUAUUUCAAGAGAAUUGGUAUUGAAGCCAAUGAAGAAUUGAGAUCCAUAUUCAAGAGAAA